AUGGGGCGGGGCCAGGUAAGCUGAAACCCACGUGUCGUCGUAUGCACAAUGCUGGGUCGAUGGCAGCAGGCCCUGAGACGUCGUCUGGGGUGCAGAGAGAGGCCAACCUGCUCGUGACCCUUCUCGACCUCUCCGACUCCUUCUCGCGCAGCCUCCAGCUGGAGAACCCCGCGCAGCAGCUGAGCGUGGCCCAGUGUCUGGAUAACGUGACCACCUUUCUCAACUCCUACCUACUUCUGCAGCAGACAAACAGCGUCGGAGUCUGCCUGUGUCAUCAGGGAGGGAGUCGGAUGGUGUACCCAGUGGCAGGGAGAGAGGAGGCCGGGCUCCAAGAGACAGAGGAGACCACAAGUGGAAAGUACGAGCCUCUGGUCCACAUGAAUCGAGUCCUGACUGAAGAGAUUCGCAAGACUGUGACCGAAACUGCUAGUCACCCUGUUCACAGUACUUCAGCGCUAUCGGGAGCACUUAGUAAAUGUCUCUGCUACAUCCAGAGGCGUUGUAGGGAGGCACCACUAGGAACCAAAGUCAACUCACGCAUACUAGUAAUAAUGUCAUCGCAAGACACCGCGUCACAGUAUGUACCUGUAAUGAACUGCAUCUUUGCUGCCCAA